GUUCUCCUAGGUGGCUGUUGUCUCAGAUUGGUAAACCUGCACGUGCCGCCAGUGAUACUGAGGGGCGACCCCAUGUGGCUGAACUGUACCUAUGACUUAGAAACGGAUGUGUUGUACGCUAUCAAGUGGUAUAAAAAUGAAACAGAGUUUUAUCGGUACAUACCACGAGACACACCUUCUGCCCAAAUCUAUCCCAUGCCUGGAGUUUUUGUUGAUCGUUCCAAGUCAUCCGAAGGCCAUGUCUUCUUCUCAACUUCUAACUUGGAAACAGAAGGAAAGUACAGAUGUGAAGCCUCGGCAGAAGCUCCAUCUUUCCAGACAAUAAUGGGAGAGGGGGAGCUGAUGGUAUAUGCGUUGCCGACAGAAGAUCCUGUUAUCCAAAACGGUCAACCAAGAUAUGAAAUAGGAGAAACAGUAAACGUAACUUGUAAAUCGAGCCCAUCAAAACCUUCAGCAAAUUUACAUUGGCUAAUAAACGGAAAAGAGGCACCUCAAGAAUUUGUAACGAUAUACCCAGACAGUGAAGACUCUGACGGACUUAUAAGUUCUGAAUCAGGCUUAACUUUUGAAGUCACUCCUGAUCUUUACGAAAGUGAUGUAUUUAGUCUUAGAUGUUCUUCAUUUGUAGCAGAAGAAUACUCGUUGAACAGUGAAAAAUUGAUUAUUGGAAAAACUGAAACUACAGAUCCACCUUCCAGCCCAUACCCAGCAUCCACUACAGGAGGACCAAUGAUCACAGGAGGCCAAUCGUCAUACAAAGUUGACGAUACAGUGGACAUUAACUGCACUGCUGCAAAUUUCAACUCACCUAUCCAGCUACAGUGGUUUAUUAAUGAAAAUAAGGAAAAUAAUCUGAAUCGAGUAAAAGAUAAGAUCUGGCGAAGAACUUACUAA